CUGCACGAGACAGUUUCUUAGGCAUACGUUUGACCUUGCUGUCCCACAACCUUUUCCCUAGCAUUUACUCCCCUCCGGUAUCUCUCCUCUUGUCGUCCCGAUCCAGGCUUUUCAAAAUGGUCGACAUUGUACCGGUCUCGUCAUAUCCUUCUCAUAUCUCCCUGCUCCCGUCCAUCCAACAGUGCAACCUCACGAAUCUGCCAGAAAACUACUUCCUCAAAUACUACCUCUACCACGCCCUUACUUGGCCACAGCUCUCCUUUGUCGCCGUCGUCCGCGGUCCCGGCUCAAAACCGUCUCGCUACCCGAAAGUCGUCGGUUAUGUGCUAGCGAAGAUGGAAGAAGAUCCUCCGGAUGGGGUCCAGCAUGGACACAUUACGAGUUUAUCCGUCAUGCGGACACAUAGACGGCUAGGGAUUGCGGAGAAGCUGAUGAGGAUGAGCCAAAGGGCGAUGGCCGAGGUGUUCAAUGCGAAUUAUGUCAGCUUGCAUGUGCGCAUGUCCAACACCGCAGCCUUGCAUUUAUACCGCGACACUCUUGGAUUCGAGGUGGAAAAGGUCGAGAGCAAGUACUAUGCUGAUGGAGAGGAUGCCUAUGCCAUGAGAAUGGAUCUAAGGAGCCUACAGAUCAAGAAUCUGCCGGAGGACGACGAGGACGAGGGUGAGGCAGUGGGAUCGCUGGGCAAGAAAGAAGACGGCGAGACGGUCAAUGGCGAAGACGGGAAGAAGGAGAAGAUGGUGAAGGUGAAAGUCGGGCGCGGGCUAGGAGUGGGGGACUUGGUGGAAAGGAACGAAGGCUCGACAAACGCACAGUAUUGAUCUCGUCGAUUCGAACAAGCCGGGCUCGUGUCCCCUCCGUCUUUGGGACGGACCUCGACGUGCAGCAAUAUCUUUUCGCUUCGAAAUCGCGGGCUUCAUCAAUUUUCCAACCGCCGCCAUGGCCGCCAAAUAUUGCGGCAAAGUCUGCCAGACGCAGACAGCGAACCCUUUUACCGGGCCGAAAAGUCGUUGAGUUGCAAUUAAAAAUCCAGGUAAAAUGCUAAGCAAACCUGAAAAGUUUCAGCGAUCUUUCAAGCAUGUUACUUGUACAUGGGGUAUCUUGAUCUGCUCUAAGCCUUUUACAGGACGAUCCACCGCAGGGACGUGGAACCGUUUGCCCUUGGACACACACUGGGUCCUUAUGCGGCAAUAUACAGGCUGAACGAAUGUUGACAAAUCGAGCUCAGCUCUCAGUCAACAGCCGGGCGUCUCGACUUCUCUCAGGUGCCUGCCAUACCACUCUGAUAGCCAGGCAAGUCCUUUCCAGGGUUGUCCUCCAGAUGUUGCUCGUAUUUCCUUCUUGAAACUGUAUCAGCCCCCUCAAGUUCGCUUCCAGUCUCACUCUCUCCGUCCAUAUCCCGUGUCGAUUCGAAGUCCUUCCCAUCG